CCAGCUGCGCUCAUCCUCUGCGCAUGCGCACGUCUCUUCUCUCCCCGCUGGAUCAAACUGCUGCUUGUCCGCGCCGCCGAAACGCCGAGCCGACAAUGGCACAACUGGUGGGACCUCUCCGCAAAGAGCUCGCCGACUCCCUCUCAUCCUGCCGGGUGCUGGUGGUCGGGGCGGGAGGUAUCGGCUGCGAGCUGCUGAAAAACCUGGUGCUCACCGGCUUUAAGAAUAUUGAAGUGAUUGACCUGGACACCAUUGAUGUCAGCAACCUCAACAGACAGUUCCUGUUUCAGAAGAAACAUGUUGGAAAGUCUAAAGCUCAGGUUGCCAAGGAGAGUGUGCUUCGGUUUUGCCCAUCUGCAAACAUCACUGCCUACCAUGACAGCAUCAUGAACCCAGAUUACAACGUGGAAUUCUUCCGAAAUUUCCAGCUUGUCAUGAAUGCUUUGGACAACAGAGCGGCCAGGAAUCACGUCAACAGGAUGUGUUUGGCCGCUGACAUUCCCCUCAUUGAGAGCGGCACGGCUGGCUAUCUGGGACAAGUCACAGUUAUCAAGAAGGGUCAAACGGAGUGCUACGAGUGUCAGCCUAAACCCACGCAGAAAACCUUCCCAGGUUGCACCAUUCGCAACACUCCCUCAGAACCCAUUCACUGCAUCGUGUGGGCCAAAUAUCUCUUCAAUCAGCUUUUUGGCGAGGAGGAUGCGGAUCAGGAGGUGUCACCUGACACAGCUGACCCUGAGGUUGCUUGGAACCCCGCAGAUGCAGCAGCCCGAGCUACAGCCUCCAAUAAGGAUGGAGACAUCAAGCGGGUGUCCACUAAAGAGUGGGCUCGUUCCACAGGUUAUGAUCCUGUCAAACUCUUCAACAAGCUUUUUAAAGAUGACAUCAUGUAUCUUUUGACCAUGGAUAAGUUGUGGAAGAAGAGAAAAGCCCCAUUACCACUAGACUGGACUGAGAUCCAUCAGCUUGAAUCUUCUCAGGAGGAGGCCUUUGGCACAGGUCUGAAGGACCAGCAGGUGUUGGGUGUUCAGGGUUACGCUCAGCUUUUCCACCGCAGUGUAGAAACACUCCGAUCUCAGCUGAUAGAGAAGGGUGAGGGUGCAGAGCUAGUCUGGGACAAGGAUGAUCCUCCAGCCAUGGACUUCGUAACAGCAGCCGCGAACUUGCGCAUGAACGUCUUCAGCAUGAACAUGAAAAGCCGCUUUGAUGUCAAAUCCAUGGCAGGAAACAUCAUUCCAGCAAUAGCCACCACUAAUGCCGUCAUCGCUGGUCUCAUUGUUCUGGAGGCGCUGAAGACUCUUAACUCAGACUUUGACCAGUGUCGCACGGUAAACUUGCAGUGUUGCUCCUUUCACGCCCAACACAACUUUGACGGUUUCCCAAACAAUAACAAAUUUUUGUCUGACUUUGGGAUUCGGAACGGCAGCCGUCUUCAAGCAGAUGACUUCCUACAGGAUUACACUCUUCUGGUCAAUUUAAUUCACAGUGAGGAAUUGGAAAAGGAUGUCGAGUUUGAAGUAGUGGGUGACGCCCCAGAUAAGGCGCCUGUAUCAAGCGUCCCGGAAGAAGGGAAGAACAUUGCCAACGGUAACAAAGAUUCUGCCCAGCCAUCUACCUCAUCUAAAGCAGCUGCAGAGGACGAUGAUGUCCUUAUCGUAGACUCCGAUGAAGAACCGUCCUCGAGCACCAUGGAAACUUCCCUGGAGUCUAGUAACCGCAAGAGGAAGCAUCACGAUGCUGAUACGGAUGAUGCUGCGUCUAAGCGCAAACGCCUCGACCAGCAGCCGGCCGAUGAUGAUGAAGACAUCAUCGCUCUAGACUAGCAAAAUUGACAAGAUAUCACCUGUCCACAACAGAGGAUUUUCCUCCAGUUGAAUUUUUGUACGGUUUCUCUUACCAAACAUGUAAAUAUAUCUGUACAAUAUGGUUCAAGCUCAAUGGAUGUCGUCUUUUCCUUCUGUCCUUUGUUUUUUGGGAACAGAAAACGGCUGAGUUAUGAACUGCACUCACUUAGGUUUUACUCAGAUGGAUAAAAUGCUUUUCAACUUUGUAUUUUUUACGAUGAGUGUGUCUAUUUUGCAGUGGUUUAGAAAGGCUGACAAAAGUGCUCACGGUAUUUCAAUGCAUUUUUUCAUCUAGAAAACCAUAUUCCAUAUUUAUUACAGGUUGUUUUUGUUACCAACCUCAGUAAUAUUUCUGAUCAUCGAAUUUUACAGUAACACUGUAUUACUGUAUGGAUAGUAUGAUGGUUUGUGUCUUCUGUUGCAUUGCUUUAUAACUACAAUGAAAAAUAUUGCGACUUUUUUUUUUUUAAGAAAAUACACUCAGAC